CAGUUCCCCUCUCCCUUCUCGCCUCUUUCAGGUCACAGGUGGCCACCACUCACCCUUCCUUUCAAUCUCCUAUUUCAGUUCGCCGGUCGGACACCUCGAUAUCGUUUCCGACUGUCCAUCCUAGGCCUUUUCUUCGACGUCAAGAUGUUGCUCAGUAUCCAGGUUUUCCUCCUACUUUCUGUUUCGGCUAUAGCUCGGCCAAUCGUGCCCAUGCCAUUGAUAGGUCGUUACAACGCUGGCAUUGCUCGCUCUGCAUCUCCCGAUGGCGUGAUUCUUUCAUAUGCGGCACGAGAGCGUGCAUUGGAUAUCAAUACACUAAUUGAUAGUGAUCCGACAACCGCGAAGAAUGGCAUCAUAAAACCGUAUCAGGGCACCGUAGAGAAACGACUAGAUGUCAACACCAUCGGCGAUAGCACCCCUACGACUGCCGAAAACGGGAUUAUCAAGCCAUACACGGGCACAGUUGGGCGUGGCUUGGAUAUCAACACGCUCAGUGAUAGCGCGCCGACGACUGCCGAGAAUGGGGUUAUCAAGCCGUAUACUGGAACAGUGGGACGUGGCCUGGAUGUCAACACGCUCACGGAUAGCGCGCCUACGACUGCAGAAAAUGGGAUUAUCAAACCGUACACAGGAACAGUUGAGCGUCGGUUGGACGUCAAUUCCAUCAGCGAUAGCGAGCCUACGACGGCACAAAAUGGAGUAAUCAAGCCAUAUCAAGGCACCGUGGAGCGCGUUUGAGGUUGUGAAAAUGUAUGGCAGGUGACGAGAUGCAAGGACUGGUUGAGUAGUGCACGAGUUGUGGUUGAUCCCAACGCGAUGUGAAGCGGCCUGCGUAGGACACUGCAGAAUGAUAUUUGGUUCCAAAC